CGUGACAGGUCGGCAGAAUAAAAAUGGCGGGGUUCAACAGCCGCGUCGAAGAGUUGACGAGUUAUUUCAAGUCUCAUAAUAAAAUAAAAGAGCAACAAAGUCAUUCUGCAAAAGUGCAUAGCGUGGGCUGGAGUUGUGAUGGAAAAUUAUUAGCUUCUGGUUCAUUUGACAAGUGUGUCUGUAUAUUUUCUCUGGGAACCGACCGUUUGAAACCUGAAACCACUUUUCGCGGGCAUGGCGGGAGUGUCGAUCAGCUAUGCUGGCAUUCUUUUCACCCGGAGCUGCUAUCAACCGCAAGUGGAGACAAAACUGUACGCAUAUGGGAUACAAGGUCCCAAAAAUGUACAGCAAACAUUGCAACAAGAGGAGAAAAUAUAAAUAUAUCUUGGUCGCCAGACGGCAAUACGAUAGCAGUAGGCAACAAGGAGGAUUUGGUUACAUUCAUCGAUGCUAGAGUCAUGAAAAUCCGAGCUGAAGAACAAUUCAAUUUCGAAGUCAAUGAAAUUUCAUGGAACAAAGAUUCAGACACAUUUUACCUAACCAAUGGCCAAGGAUGUGUGCAUAUACUGAGCUAUCCAGACUUAGAGUUACUGCAUGUGAUCAAAGCUCAUCCAGGAACAUGUAUUUGCAUUGAAUUUGACCCUACCGGUCGUUAUUUUGCAACUGGAUCAGCAGAUGCUCUGGUUUCAUUAUGGGAUGCUGAUGAAUUAUGUUGCUUAAGGACGUUCUCGCGUUUAGAAUGGCCUGUCAGGACAAUAUCUUUCUCUCAUGAUGGACAAUUGCUAGCUGCAGCUUCCGAAGAUUUAGUCAUAGAUAUAGGAGAGGUACAAACAGGAGAAAAAGUUGCAGAUAUACCAGUUGAAGCUGCCACAUUCACAGUUGCGUGGCAUCCGAAACAAUAUUUGUUGGCGUAUGCUUGUGACGACAAAGAUACUUAUGAUAGAAAGCGGGAUGCUGGGAGCUUGAAGGUCUUUGGAUUUUCAAGUGAAUAAAGUGUGUGACCCCAGGAAAUAUUAUUGACUUAAGUAUUUCAUAUCUAACUGUAUAUUGUGAGGCUUAUGAUAAUAUAAAAAGAAAUUUUGAUACAAAA